CCAAAUUUCUUACAAUAAAACCCCAUUAAAAUGCCCCCUUUGUUUUAAACACCAUCUAUUAUAUACAUGUGAAUCUUUCAGAAAUCUAUCUAUAGAAUCACGAGUUUGUAAAGCAAAGGAACUCAAUGUGUGUAUGAAUUGUUUACGCACAGGUCAUAUCACAUCAAGAUGUAGAUUAUCACGCUGCAAAUAUUGCAAAGGAAAGCAUAAUACUCUCUUGCAUGUAGAUGACCAGACCAUGUCUACGUCUAUUAAUAAUUCUAUGCCUAGUAGUAGUAGUAGUGUCGCCCUUCCUAUUGACAUUGCCGGUAUUUCUUCUACUAAUUGUCCAACAGGCAAUGUCGCUUUAUCUUGUGACACUAUCAUACAGAAUACUACUUCUUCUAUUUUACUGUCCACAGCUAUGGUGAAGGUUGUGAGCGAUGACGGUGAGAAGUUCGACGCCAGGAUCCUACUCGAUAAUGGUAGCACAGCCAAUUUUAUUACGCAGACGCUUAGUAACAAGCUGAGAUUGCCUCGGCGGAACAUUAACUCCACAAUAACAGGUAUAAAUAGCCAAACAUCAAAUAGUACACAAUCUUGUAAUCUUACUAUUAUAUCACUUGAUGAUAAUUUUAAAAUUAAUAUUGACUGCUAUAUUCUGCCUGAAAUUACAAAACUGUUACCUCCAGCUUCAAUUGACAUUCGCAACAUUCCUAUACCUUCAAAUUUACAGUUAGCCGACCCUUCUUUCUAUUGUCCGUCAGCUAUUGACAUAUUAGUUGGUGCUGAAGUAUUUUGGGCGGUUCUCGGUAGUGCAUCUAUUAAACUCGGUAAAAACCAACCUACAUUAUAUGCAUCUAAAUUCGGUUGGAUAGUUACCGGUCCUGUGAUUGUUUCAUCAAAGUCCUUCUCAACAAAACAAUCGCAUUAUUGUAAUCUACAAACUAAUGAAUUAAACUUAAAUUUAAAUAAAUUCUGGGAGUUGGAUUCGGUUCCUUUAAAAUAUAGUUUAUCUCCAGAAGAACGAGCCUGUGAGGAAAGCUUUCGUACUAAUACCACUCGAAACAAAGACGGUCGUUUUAUGGUUACUUAUCCAUUGAAAGACAACUGUAACACGUUAGGUAAUUCUUAUGAAAUGGCUAAACGUCGAUUUCUUUCCUUAGAACGUCGUUUUCAACGUGAUCCUAACUAUAAAGAGAAAUACGUUCAGUUUAUGGCAGAGUACGAGCGCCUGGGACAUAUGACUGAGAUUACUUCACCAUUGAAACCGCAUUCUAGUAGCGAGAUUGAGUAUUUUUUGCCGCAUCACGGUGUGGUUAGGGAAUCCAGUACUACAACUAAGCUCCGGGUAGUCUUCGAUGCCUCUGCUGCUUCCACAUCUGGAAUAUCAUUCAAUGAUAUUCAGAUGGUGGGGCCUACUGUCCAGAAUGAUCUGUUCUCCAUUUUACUACGUUUCCGUCAACACAAAUAUGUAAUAUCUGGCGACGUAGAAAAAAUGUAUAGAGCAAUUGACAUCACUCCCUCCCACCGUUCUUUACAACAGAUAAUUUUUAGAUCGAAUCCCAAUGAACCCUUAAAAACAUACAGACUUAAUACCCUAACUCAUGGCACAGCUUCUGCCCCUUACUUAGCCACGAAAUGUCUGGUUAGUUUAUCGCCAGAAUCAAGUAACGAAACCGUAAAGACUUCUAUUGAACGUGACUUCUAUGUCGACGAUUAUCUAAGCGGUGGUAAUUCAAUUUCUGAGGUGGUCAAAAUGAGUAAGGAAGUAAUUUCUAUUUUAUCUUCUGCAAAUUUUCAUCUACGAAAAUGGCAGUCUAAUUCAUUACAAAUCUUAACUGAAAUUUCAGGUAUUACAGAGGCUUCAAACAGUCUAGAUUUUUUUGAAAAGAGUACUAUUUCAUGUAAAACGCUAGGUUUGCGUUGGUUAUGCGAUUCAGAUACGUUAGUACUUUCUAUCUAUAUAGAUACAAACAAACAAAUUACAAAACGCAAUAUCUUGUCAAUUAUUAGUCAGAUUUUUGAUCCGUUAGGUCUAGUCAGUCCGUGUAUAGUAGAAGCCAAAAUAAUUAUGCAAAAGCUAUGGCUUAGUAAAUAUGAUUGGGAUGACAUUAUAUCUGACGAGUUAAAAGAUCUCUGGCUUUCUUUAAUAACUACCCUUCCUUGUCUAAAUAACUUAAAAAUACCUAGAUGGGUAUUAUGUGACAAUUAUGUAUGUAACGAAAUACAUGUUUUUACAGACGCGUCUGAGGCGGCAUAUGGUGCAUGCAUUUAUAUUCGUUCUACAGAUAAUAAAGGAUUAGUUAAAGUCCAACUUCUAGUGUCAAAAAGUCGAGUGGCACCGGUUAAGCCCACUACAAUACCACGUCUUGAGCUCUGUGGCGCCCUCUUAGGAACAAGAUUGUGUACUAAAGUGAUGAGUUCUCUUACUUUACCUAUUAGUCAUUGUCGGUUCUGGUGCGAUUCGACAAUAGUGUUGAGUUGGUUAUCUAUGGCAGCUAAUACAUUAAAACCCUUUGUACGCAAUCGUGUACAUGAAAUACAGGAAAUCAAAGCCGUGCACAUCGAGCUCGUUACAGACCUAUCUAAAGAAGGGUAUAUGUCUGCUUUAAACCGUUUUGUGGCUCGUCGAGGUAAACCUCAAAGUAUCUUGUCUGACAACGGUACUAACUUUGUCGGCGCCUGCAACGAGCUACAAACGUUUUUACAGAAAUCUGAUAUUUCAUACGAGGUCACCCAACAAGGUAUUGAGUUUGCAUUCGCUCCUCCCUAUUCACCACACUUCAAUGGUAUCGCUGAGGCAGCAGUCCGUUCCACCAAACAUCAUUUAAGGCGAUUACUGCAAGUAGCUCAUUUUACGUAUGAGGAGAUGGCAACAUGUUUGACUCAAAUUGAGGCAGUUUUAAACUCACGUCCAUUAACCCCUAUUUCCUCUGAUCCUUUAGAUUUAACAGCCCUAACUCCUUCACAUUUUUUAAUUGGACGACCACUAAUGUCGGUUCCACAUCCACAAGUAAUUGACAUCAAAAUUGAGCGUCUGGAACGCUAUCACAGGGUGCAGCACAUCAAACAACAUUUCUGGCAAAGAUUUCACCUCGAGUAUAUUUCUCUACUCCAACAGAAAACCAAGUGGACGUCUUCAACUGGCCAGCUGUCUGCUGGAACACUCGUCCUAGUAAAGGAUAGAGGACAACCGCCGCUACUAUGGCUCCUGGGGCGCAUCACUAAAGUUUUCCCUGGCAUCGACGGGGCCGCACGCGUGGCCGAACUGAAGACCAAGAAGGGAACAAUUUUGAGGGCUUUCAACAACCUCUGCCCUCUUCCUGUUUCUUGA